AUGAAGCACUUGUUUUCAUCAUCUUGUGCAUUUUCAUCUAUCUCUAGUGAUAAGAGUGGAGUCGCUUUCUUUUCUCAUUUUUUUCUGUUUUCAUCUGUCAAUGUUUGCCGAAAAAAAGCGUGUCUCUUCAUUUUCGUUCACUGUCUGCUUUCAUCUGUCAAUCUCAGGCGGCAAAAGGUGCCUUUUUCUUUCCUCUCCUUCUUUUUCUGCUUUCAUCCGUCAAGCUCUGGCGGUAAAAGGUACCUCUUUCUUUGGUCUCUUUCUCUUUCUGCCUUCAUCCGUCAAUCUCUGGCGAUAAAAGAUACCUCUUUCUUUCCUCUCCUUCUCUCUGUACCUCUUUCUUUGCUCUCCUUCUCUUUCUUCUUUCAUCUAUCAAUCUCUGGCGAUAAAAGGUACCUCUUUCUUUGCUCACCUUCACUUUCUUUUCAUCUGUCAAUCCCUGACGAUAAACGGUGCUUCUUUUUUUCUUUCUUUCCUCUCCUCCUCUUUCUUCUUUCAUCCGUCAAGCUCUUGCAGCUUUCUUUCUGCUUUCAUCUGUCCAUCUCUAGUGAUAAGUGGUGUUUUUUCUUCAUCUUCGGUCUUCUCUUAAUCUCUGGGGAUAAUAAGAAGCACUUGCUUUCAUUACCUUUUCUUUCUACUUUCAUCUGUCAAUAUGUGCCGGUAAAUAUGUCUCUUUCUGCCAUGUAA